UUCUCAAUCUUGGAAAUGAACCCCCGGGUGCUGCAGGGAAAUUUCCYUAUCAAAUUUAAGUGACGCAAAGCGGUAAAUAUCCCCUCCCCCCCUCGGGGGUAAUUAUCUGAGUCGGGAAAAGGUUAUUWAGAACAGUAUAGGGUGUCUAAGAUCGUACUUGACAAGUAGAUGACGUCGUUUAAUAAUUUUCUUGGAUAUAAACAUAUGACUUAGAGGCGCUAUUAAUGACGGAUGCUGAAGAAGGAAGAAGRAAGUGUCAAGUAACAUUGAACUGAUUCAUCUUGUCCACUCUCAACACUCUGCUUAAAAGAAAUCCGGUAGAAAAACAUCUCAGAAGAAAAGAUAUUUUUGGUCAGCAAAUUGGACAAAAAUUGUUGUUUUAUGAGCACUAAGUUAAGCUAAUUUCAUCACUCUGCUAACGAUAUAGUACCUUAAGCGAAAGUUAGACGUAAAAAGGCUAUCAAAUCAAGUGGCUCAAAGAAUGUCGUACCUAGUMCCUCCUCGCUCGACCACUUGGAUUAUCCUCGAGUCCGUCGUCCUGGUAACUCUUGACGUCAUUAUACUYACAGGAAAUCUYACGAUAUGUUACGUCAUUUACAAGAGAAAACCGCUGCACACAAUGACCAACAUGCUCGUUGUAGCUCUCGCCGUGAAUGAUUUAAUCACUGCCGUUAUUACUCUUCCAAUGGCGUCGGCCACGUCUAUYAAUGGACGCUGGGUGUUUGGUAAUAUUGGUUGUCARAUUUUUGGAUUUUUCAGCAAGUACCUUGUCCACGUAUCUUUAUAURUAAUAACUUUAAUCGCUUUAAAUCGAUAUGUUAGAAUCAUUAAGCCUGACUAUUAUAGAAGUAUAUUUACAUCUAAGAAAACAUUUGGACUUUUGGUUGCGAUAUGGAGCAUGCCCGCUAUUGUGCGUCUUGUGCCUGUACUCUCGAACUCAGCGAGGUUUAUCUUCGUCCCACAUUCAGCAGGCUGCAGUCUUUCGUUUUAUAAUCUCAAGUCUCAAGUUCCGUACACCAUUUUCGCUACAGCUAUGUUCAUCGCUUUACCAAUGCUUAUUAUAAUCYUCUGCUACGCUGCAGUGUCGAGGUUUGUUCGUAAACACAAGCGACGAAUAUUUUGUUCGGUAAGCACUCGGAGCCAGCCGAGUGAUWUACGAGUUGGAGCCAACGAAGUGAAAAUUACAUACACUUUAUUUGCUGUGGUUUUUACCUUUGUGRUUUGUUGGCUACCUGUCUCGAUUGCUUUGCUGUUUAUCAUGGCCGCCAAGAUWAGUAUUCCGACKGUUGCUGUUCGGGUUCUCAGCGCRCUAGUCGCCCURAGUAGCGCCAGUACWCCAUUUGUUUACGGRUUCAUGAACAGGCCGUUCAGACGCGAAUUCAAAAAGGCUUUYUCGUUUCUCUUUUGUUUAACUCGUCCUGAUAAUGAGUCUGGAGAGCUGGAACUGAAUGCACGUGAUGUUCCAAGGGUACCACGUGAUGGAMUACGUCAUAAUGCCGUCAACGAUGCUUAGAUUUGUUAAGUUUGUUUUACGACAUUUUUUAAAAAUCUUUGCUUAUAAUCAACUCAAUCUGUACAUAAGUGAACAAAAAAUCAAGAGAAAACAAGAAAAGAAUCCRUCACUUCUUAACAAAAGAACUGAACUAGUGUCUAAAUGCAGGCACGAGAACMAAUUUUAYGCCUUAACGAURAUCGCACAAGUUGCGUGAUACUCGAGUAGCUUAUAGUCCUUUUAAACAUACAUAUACUUAAGUGAACAGAUAUUUUUUCACAUUUCCAUCAUUAGGCGAUUAGGUCAUUUCCGCAAUUACAACUAGAAUUAAUAGGCAAAAACCUAAWGCUUAAAUUUGUCGACAGACAGCAGAAUAUGUCUGCAUCUUAACUGGUGUAAAAGAGCAAAAAUUGCAUUGAAAUUGCAUCUGUUACAAGAUACUAAUGACUAUAUAGUCAAUGUAUGUUAAAGGGCCAUGGUCCACCGUCAUCCCUUUCGAGCUUUACYUUACUCUUUAUUAUUCCUUUAUGCUUUAUGAAUCGAGAUAUUGUUAGAUUUGAUCAUGGAAACGGAUUGCGAAUGGAUAUUUGUCAUCUAAUUUUCUAUAUUUGAAAAAAAAAAAGACAAAAUAUGACUGCAUUGAACUGGUUGAACAUGACCCUUUAAUUACCUCAUUAAGUAUUUAUAUAUAAUGAUAAAGUGAGUUUCAAAAAUAAUCUGUCUGCUAAACUAUAUAAAUGUAUCUAAAUAAAAAAUAAAAUAACAAUGUCAAAUUUGUUAAAAUCUUGGCGGGUUACCUGUGCCAUGUAAAAAGAAAUCGUCACUUAGCAACGCAACUAACUUAUAAACUAUCUCGUAUCCUUUUAAUUUUGAUUUSUUCUUAUUCAUAGUGAUUUUAAUUUUGGAUUUAUUUAAAUUAGAACAAAAUUCAGGUCAUAAAAUCUACCCGACUAUUUAAUGUAGGAAUAAAAAACCGUGACAAACUACGGUAAAAAUUACUGYAUWAMUAAUUUGAGUUAUUAAUUAUUAAAAWUUCGUGGUUCAAACAGGAAGUAUUAAAGAACGAUUGAAAGGUCAGGGAUUAAAGCAAAUAAGAUUAUAAMAUUUUGCAGGUUGUAGACAUCUUGACGAGGUGGCCGAGUGGUUAAGGCGUUGGACUGCUAAUCCAAUGGGCUCUGCCCGCGUGGGUUCGAAUCCCAUCCUCGUCGUAGGAUUUCUUUUUUUAAKCUCAUUUUUCAUCAAUUUUUAUAUAAUUUUUAAACAAACACGUUGUUAUCAACGAUGUAACAGUGUUUAUAGUAUAAAUUAU